AGCAUGAGGGCACUGCUGAUUCUGAGUGCCCUGCUAGGGGCCGUCUUUGGCAGAGAGAGCUUUGUGGGGCACCAGGUGCUCCGCCUAUCUACGAUCAAUGAAGCCCAGGUACAGAAGGUGAAGGAGCUGGAGGAACUGGAGCACCUGCAGCUCGACUUCUGGCGGGGUCCAGCCCGGCCUGGCUCCCCCAUCGAUGUCCGAGUGCCCCUGGCCAGCCUCCAGGCUGUGAAAGUCUUCCUGGAAGCCCACGACAUCAGCUACACCACCAUGAUCGAGGAUGUCCAGUCAAUCCUGGACGAGGAGCAGGAGCAGAUGUUUGCCUUCCAGGCCCGGGCCCGCUCCACUGAUGACUUUAACUAUGCCACCUAUCACACCCUGGAGGAGAUCUACGACUUCAUGGACAUGCUGGUGGCUGAGAACCCACAGCUCGUCACCAAGCAGGAGAUCGGCAAGACCUACGAAGGGCGCCCCAUCUAUGUGCUGAAGUUCAGCACUGGGGGAAACAAACGCCCAGCCAUCUGGAUUGACACGGGAAUCCAUUCCCGGGAGUGGAUCACCCAAGCCAGUGGCAUCUGGUUUGCAAAGAAGAUCACACAAGACUAUAGCCAGGACCAGACCUUCACUGGCAUUCUCAACGAAAUGGACAUCUUCUUAGAGAUCGUCACCAACCCCGAUGGCUUUGCCUUCACCCACAGCAAGAACCGCUUGUGGCGCAAGACUCGAUCCAUCACAGCUGGCUCUGCCUGUGUUGGGGCAGACCCCAACCGGAACUGGGAUGCUGCCUUUGGGCAGCCCGGAGCCAGCAGCAACCCCUGCACGGAGACAUACCAUGGCAAGUUUGCCAAUUCGGAAUCAGAGGUCAAGUCUAUUGUGGACUUUGUGACUGGCCAUGGGAACAUCAAGGCCUUCAUCUCCAUCCACAGCUACUCCCAGCUCCUGCUCUAUCCUUACGGCUACACAAAAACCCCAGCCCCUGAUGCUGUAGAGUUGGAUCAGCUGGCCAGGUCUGCUGUGGAAGCUCUGUCCUCUCUUUAUGGGACCGAUUACUUGUAUGGCAGCAUCUACACAACAAUCUACCAGGCCAGUGGAAACACCGUUGACUGGACCUACAAUCAGGGCAUCAAGUAUUCCUUCACCUUCGAGCUCCGGGAUACUGGGCGCUACGGCUUCCUGCUGCCGGCUUCCCAGAUUGUCCACACAGCCCAGGAGACCUGGCUGGCUCUGCGGGUCAUCAUGGAGUAUGCUCACAGUCACCCCUACUGAACUGGCCCUUCCACACACUCCUCUCUCCCCUCUCCCGUCUGACCCACCCCAGGCAACCAAAUAAAAUUUGAAG